AUGGACAAGUACGAGGAGGUGCGGGACAUCGGGUCGGGAAACUUCGGGGUGGCCCGGCUGAUGCGCAACCGCGAGAACGAUGGGCUCGUCGCCGUCAAGCUCAUCGAGCGCGGCCACCGGGUCGGCCUCCUCGUUCUCCUCAAGAUCUUCAACCACUGCUCCCUUCUGCACCCCAACAUCAUCCAGUUCAUAGAGGUGAUCCUCACACCGACACAUCUUGCAAUUGUGAUGGAGUACGCGGCCGGCGGCGAGCUCUUUGAUCGAAUCGUUGAUCGUGGGCAGUUCAGCGAGGAGGAGACCACAUAUUUCUUCCAGCAGUUGAUCUGCGGCGUAAGCUACUGCCAUCACAUGCAAAUAUGCCAUAGGGAUUUGAAGCUGGAGAAUGUUCUCUUGGAUGGCAGCCUAGCUCCGCGGCUCAAGAUAUGCGAUUUUGGCCACUGA